AUGCAUAAGCAGUUGGCAGCAUUUCCUGAAAAUGUUGUAAUUUUCAUAUCAUGGCAUCAUCAAGUGGUUUGGCGAGGCGAGCGGCCCCCAUCUGGCCGUGGCCCAGUUGCCAGUGGCCAGUUGCCGCCACCGCCGGACACACGACACCGGACACCGCUCGCCAAGCGUGCAGCUGGGGUGGCCUUCCUGCAGAUCGUUCACUGUUCGCUACGGCCGUACCGAGGGGGUGCCGAGAUAGGACCUUGCCAGGGGGACAGGCGCACAGAGCGGGCCAAGAAACUGACUGAAACAAAAGGAAACUAUGUUGAAAAAUUAACCGUGAGAGUGCGUGAACUACCUGAUGUGGCACUAGCUGAAAUGUUGGACCAGGACACAGGUGUUCGAGAUUCUGUUGUCCGCAGCACCACAGCAGCAGCAUCCCACAGUCGACAUAACCGAUUUGUCGAAUCUGCUUUUCAAAUACCCUGUGCCACAGUCGGUGUCUGCAUGUCAGGAGCAGCAACUGUUGGAGUUUACUCAACCUGCAGUUAAGUGGUUGCAGAAUACUGUUCUUUGUCAAUACUUACAACGCGACUUCCAGAGGAUCGAAAAGGCCUAGCACUGGACGGCGAUUUAGAUGUAAUAAUUGAAACUGAGAAUGUUCAGCGCUUGGUGCUAAAAUGCAGUAUGCAUGGUAUAAGUGGGACUAUCUGUGUAGCAUAUUGGAAUACAUUAAAAAGAAAAUGACUACCGACUAUGACCUAUCACAUAUUCCUAUUGAUGUCGAUAAGUUUGGCAGGAAGGCGUCCAUUGUCUACGUAUGGACAAGCAAAGAUGGAAUUAACUUAUGGACACUCAUGCAUUUGCAUUAAACAUUCGAGUGUUGUGAACUUAAUGUGGUACAGAGCGAUUUCAAGGCAUACAAAAAACAAUUGUUUGCGAAAU